ACCCACACUCACACAUAUUCACACACAUUCACACACACUCACACACUGCAGCUGUCUUCAGGGAGCAGAGUGCAGCCACACACCAGUUCCUGGAGAUACACUAUACAGAGAAAAGAACACAAUAUGAGAGUCAGCCUGCAAACUCUGAUAAAAUGUCUUUUGUUGUGCGCUGCAGUAACAACACAGGGGUCCAUCACCCCCACCCCCCUGAUAACAACUACUCAAUCAUCUACUGUCCCACAUACAAACUCCACCAAUCCUUUCACUUCAGCUUCUACGACAAUUACAGACAGCACUGAGGGAACCAGCACCACCCAGACCUCCAGCCCUUCAACAACCACUGACCCCACCACCACCACCACCACCACCAACACCACCCAGACCCCCAGCACUACAACAACCACUGGCCCCACCACCACCACCACCACCAACACCCAGACCCCCAGCCCUUCAACAACCACUGACCCCACCACCACCACCAACACCACCACCCAGACCCCCAGCCCUUCAACAACCACAGGCCCCACCACCACCAACACCACCACCCAGACCCCCAGCACUACAACAACCACUGGCCCCACCACCACCACCCAGAUCCCCAGCCCUUCAACAACCACUGGUCCCACCACCACCACCCAGACCCCCAGCCCUUCAACAACCACUGGUCCCACCACCACCACCCAGACCCCCAGCCCUUCAACAACCACUGGUCCCACAACCACCACCCAAACCCCCAGCCCUUCAACAACCACUGGCACCACCAUCGCCACCCAAACCACCACACUGAAACAGGAAGAACACAAGUCCAAUGCUCUAAGCUCAGGAAGUAUUGCAGUGAUUAUUUGUGUGUUCCUCAUCACCGUCAUAGCCGUGUUGGUUGGUCUGUACUACUACAGGAUCCGACGAAUAUCUUACAACCAUCUUUUGGAAAGCAACGAACACUUUUUUGUAAACUUCAGCAACCCCAUGUAUGACCCUUAGAUCUGAACCUUUGACCUCCGACUACGGAAGAGAUCCAAUUAACUCAAAGUUCGCAGGAGACCUUCUGAUCAGAGUGUGUGCAAAGUGUGUGGCGAAUGAGUUCAGCACGGUCACUUUUUAAAACUGACAUGCAGCCUUGAUUAAUGCAAAAUGCAAAAAUAAAUGACUUUUAGCCAAACACUUUGUGUUGCUAGGUGUAGUAACUAUGGUGAUUUGUUAUAUUUGAAUGCACCUGCCAAUUACCUGAGCAAGUUAGAUGCUGCGUAUCACAGUGCACUGAGAUUUUUGACAAAUUGUAAAGCACUUACACAUCACUGUAUACCAAGGCGGUUAUGCCAUCACUUACUGUACGGAGGCUCAGUCACUGGUACUUUUUCAUUUACAAAGCCAUGUUGGAUAAACUACCAUCUU